AUGGAAUCCGAGUCAAUCACAUCUCAAAUCGUUGCACCUGCAUGCCUAGUUGCAGCAAGCGUAACAAGCCACCGAAUUUGAUUCCACCCCAGAGUAGAGCAGGCCAUUACGCAUCUGCCUCCGGGUCGUCAGGUUCCGGAGACAUUCCCACCUUGACCUUUGCGCAUGCAUAGAAAUGCUUUGCUGCCUGUGAACGCCUGAGUCUUUUCACUAGUCAUUCUUUUUGCUCUAAUCUUCCUCUUCUUCAGCACUCUGCGAGUAGCUGCCAGCUGGACUGCGCUUAUACCCCACAUUCAUUUAGAUUUUUUUCGCGCCUAAGAGUUGAGGUCAUAAUGGGGUGUGGCAAGAUAUUACUGAUAGUAUUGAGGGCACUAGCCCUCAUUGUUGCAUUAGCAGUGGUUGGACUGGGUGCCUGGUCUAAGGUUAUCGUCCGCGACAUUGAGGUUCGUGGUAAUAGCGUCCUUGAGAUAAUCCGAUUGGAACCUCAAACUAGGGAGCAAUAUUGGCAAAACUACUUCACUGUGGUACUUAAUGGUGUGAUAAGAAUAUGGAUAUCCAUUGCUGCUGCCUCCUUCGCAUCACUUGCCAACACCUUAAUCGUCCUAGCCUCAGUCAUGGACCGCAUACGCAUGUCGUCAAAUGUCCUCGUCCCGAUCGAAUGUCUCUCUAUGUGUGCCAUGGCUACGGCAUUUGGAACCUCCCUCAGCUUCGCGCUAAGUCUGAACGUCUUCAGCGAGACUCGCCUCGAUACGGCCGGGUCUUCAGAUUUGACAAAAUUUGCAAUGCUUGUUCCUCUGAGCAAAGGCUACGUUGUCGCUGCGGGCACUGGAGGGUUCCUCGUCUUAGUUACAUGCCUGGUAGCAACGGUCGAGGUCUGUAACCGCGUACGGGCGAAAGAAAGCUGCUCCUUUGAGCCAACAGCAUCAGCACUGGGUAUGGGCCAUGGAUAUCAAGCAAUCGCGCCACAAGUGUCUCGCGAUAGGGUACCAACAAUGUACGAUCCCCGAAUGCCACUCCGUAGGGAUCUAGAACGGACGUCAAUAGAGCAUGAUGAAGCGGGUUUUGCAAGUGAGGGUAUAGAAAUGGGUCGUAGAGAAUCAGGGUUGAGCGAGAUGGGGAAAGUGUCGGUCGAAUUUGAAAAGGAGAUCACUGGGCCACUGAGUUUGGAGAAGCCGCAAAGGGUACUACAAAUACGACCUUCUCGACCGUGGAGCGAGGCCCCGAAGAAGAGGGAUGACAGCGUACAUGCUAUAUAGUCACCCCUUAGCACCAGCGUUUGCAAACGACAUUCGUUAUGACUAGAUUAGACAAAACAGAUGAAUAUAUGAUACAACCUACACAUCGAUCAUCAACAAAUCCACUUC